AUGAAGCUUACGCCUGAACUGAUCAGUCGAAGUGAAACAUCUCUCAACACUCUAAAAGAUAGACAACUCGAUCUACGAGGUCACAAGAUUCCAGCGAUUGAAAAUUUAGGUGUGACAAGGGAUCAAAAUGAUACGAUCGAUUUGACAGAUAACGAUAUUCGUACGUUAACUAACUUUCCAAACUUAUUCCGUUUGCACACCUUGAUAUUAUCCAAUAAUCUCGUCAAUCGGAUAGACAAAAGGUUAGCCAACUCACUUCCUAACCUCAACACGUUGGUCUUAACAAACAAUGCCCUCGCCGAAUUGAGCGCUUUGACGCAUUUAGGUAGAUUUCCAAAGUUGGAAUUUUUGACCUUGAUGGGCAAUCCGGUCACACGAAAGCAGCACUAUCGGGAGUUCGUCGUUUGGAGAUGUAAAUCACUACGAGUUUUGGACUUUCAACGUGUGAAGCAGGCAGAGCGAGCAAGGGCGAAAUCUUUAAUGGAAACUGAAGACGGAAGGCCUACAUCCUUGGCUGUUUCCCUCUCCGAAUCUUUGGCUGGUAAGGAUGGAGGGAUUGCCACCAACGGAGUCGGUGAAAAACCUUCAAGCGGUAGAACUGGCACUUUCGAAGUUGGUUCGGUUGGAGUCAACGGAGGUGGAUCAGCUGGAAGAAGGAUGACAGCGGAUGAAAGGAAAGCUCUAGAGGAGGCGAUCGAGAACAGCACGAGCCUAGAAGAGAUUAAAAGAUUGGAGGAUCGUCUAAGACUAGGUUACACCAUCUAG